CCGUGGGCGGCGCUCCCCUUUGACCUCUUGCUCGCGUGCUACACAUCCGGGCUUCUGUUACUAGUGAGGGGAAGAUGGCGGCCGCGACUGUGGUGGUUCCCGCAGAGUGGAUAAAGAACUGGGAGAAAUCAGGGAGAGGCGAAUUUUUGCAUUUAUGCCGGAUUCUCAGUGAAAAUAAAAGCCAUGAUAGUUCAACUUACAGAGAUUUCCAGCAAGCUCUCUAUGAAUUGUCAUAUCAUGUUAUUAAAGGAAAUCUAAAGCAUGAACAGGCAUCAAAUGUUCUUAAUGACAUUAGUGAAUUUCGUGAGGAUAUGCCCUCCAUUCUUGCUGACGUUUUCUGUAUAUUAGAUAUUGAAACAAAUUGUUUAGAAGAAAAAAGCAAGAGAGACUACUUUACGCAAUUGGUAUUAGCAUGUUUGUAUUUAGUUUCAGACACAGUUCUAAAGGAACGCCUGGAUCCAGAAACAUUGGAAUCAUUAGGGCUUAUCAAACAAUCACAGCAAUUCAAUCAAAAGUCGGUUAAAAUCAAGACAAAACUCUUCUAUAAGCAGCAAAAAUUCAAUUUGUUAAGGGAAGAGAAUGAAGGUUAUGCCAAGCUGAUUGCUGAAUUGGGACAAGAUUUAUCUGGAAAUAUUACUAGUGAUUUAAUCUUAGAAAAUAUAAAAUCUUUAAUAGGAUGCUUUAAUCUGGAUCCCAAUAGAGUUUUGGAUGUCAUUUUAGAAGUGUUUGAAUGCAGGCCAGAACACGAUGACUUCUUUAUAUCUUUAUUAGAAUCUUACAUGAGUAUGUGUGAGCCGCAAACACUGUGUCAUAUUCUUGGGUUCAAAUUCAAGUUUUACCAGGAACCAAAUGGCGAGACUCCAUCAUCUUUAUACAGAGUUGCAGCAGUACUUCUGCAAUUUAAUCUUAUUGAUUUAGAUGAUCUUUAUGUACAUCUUCUUCCAGCUGAUAAUUGCAUUAUGGAUGAACACAAACGAGAAAUUGUGGAAGCUAAGCAAAUUGUUAGAAAACUUACAAUGGUUGUAUUAUCGUCAGAAAAACUCGAUGAACGAGAGAAAGAAAAGGAAAAAGAAGAGGAGAAGGUAGAGAAGCCACCUGAUAACCAAAAACUUGGUUUGUUGGAAGCCUUGUUAAAGAUCGGUGAUUGGCAGCAUGCACAAAACAUUAUGGAUCAGAUGCCUCCAUACUAUGCAGCUUCACAUAAACUAAUAGCCCUUGCUAUUUGCAAGCUGAUUCACAUAACUAUUGAGCCUCUCUACCGAAGAGUUGGCGUUCCUAAAGGUGCUAAAGGCUCACCUGUUAGCGCUUUGCAAAACAAAAGAGCACCAAAGCAAGCAGAGAGCUUUGAAGAUUUGAGGAGAGAUGUAUUCAAUAUGUUCUGUUACCUCGGUCCUCACCUUUCUCAUGAUCCUAUUUUAUUUGCAAAAGUGGUGCGCAUAGGCAAGUCAUUUAUGAAGGAGUUUCAGUCUGAUGGGAGCAAACAAGAAGAUAAAGAGAAAACGGAAGUUAUCCUUAGCUGUUUGCUUAGCAUUACUGACCAGGUACUACUUCCAUCUCUUUCUUUGAUGGACUGCAAUGCUUGUAUGUCUGAGGAACUGUGGGGAAUGUUUAAAACAUUUCCUUAUCAGCAUAGAUACCGUCUGUAUGGCCAGUGGAAGAAUGAAACUUAUAACAGUCACCCACUUUUAGUAAAAGUUAAAGCUCAAACAAUAGACAGAGCCAAAUAUAUCAUGAAGAGGCUAACCAAGGAAAAUGUGAAGCCUUCAGGAAGACAAAUUGGGAAGUUGAGCCACAGCAAUCCAACCAUUUUGUUUGAUUAUAUCUUGUCACAAAUACAGAAGUAUGAUAACUUGAUAACACCUGUAGUAGACUCAUUGAAAUACCUCACUUCAUUGAAUUAUGAUGUCUUGGCCUAUUGUAUCAUUGAAGCUUUAGCUAAUCCAGAAAAGGAGAGAAUGAAACAUGAUGAUACAACCAUUUCCAGCUGGCUUCAGAGUUUGGCUAGUUUCUGUGGUGCAGUUUUUCGUAAAUAUCCAAUUGAUCUUGCUGGUCUUCUGCAGUAUGUGGCCAAUCAAUUAAAGGCAGGCAAAAGUUUUGACCUGCUUAUAUUGAAAGAAGUGGUACAAAAAAUGGCAGGAAUAGAAAUUACGGAGGAAAUGACAAUGGAACAACUAGAGGCUAUGACAGGCGGUGAGCAGUUGAAAGCUGAGGGUGGUUAUUUUGGCCAGAUCAGAAACACUAAAAAGUCCUCUCAGAGAUUAAAGGAUGCACUGUUGGACCAUGAUCUUGCUCUUCCUCUCUGUUUACUUAUGGCUCAACAGAGGAAUGGGGUUAUCUUUCAGGAAGGUGGAGAGAAACAUUUGAAACUUGUGGGAAAACUCUAUGACCAGUGUCAUGAUACCCUGGUACAGUUUGGUGGGUUUUUAGCAUCAAAUCUAAGCACAGAAGAUUAUAUAAAGCGAGUGCCUUCCAUUGAUGUGCUCUGUAAUGAAUUUCAUACACCCCAUGAUGCAGCAUUUUUUCUGUCUAGGCCAAUGUAUGCACACCAUAUUUCGAAUAUGGCCUUCUUCCAAAGAAGCUGUAGCAUCAGUUCUCACAUGGCUUUAAACUUCAGUGUGCCACAGUCAAAGUAUGAUGAACUUAAAAAAUCAGAAAAGGGAAGUAAACAGCAGCAUAAAGUUCAUAAGUACAUUACAUCAUGUGAGAUGGUGAUGGCUCCUGUUCAUGAAGCAGUGGUCUCCUUACAUGUUUCCAAAGUCUGGGAUGACAUCAGUCCUCAAUUUUAUGCCACAUUCUGGUCAUUGACAAUGUAUGACCUUGCUGUUCCACAUACCAGCUAUGAGCGAGAAGUCAAUAAGCUUAAAGUCCAGAUGAAAGCAAUUGAUGACAAUCAGGAAAUGCCUCCAAAUAAAAAGAAAAAAGAGAAGGAACGUUGUACUGCCCUCCAGGAUAAACUUCUUGAAGAAGAAAAAAAACAGAUGGAACAUGUACAGAGAGUUCUACAAAGACUCAAAUUGGAAAAGGACAACUGGCUUUUAGCAAAAUCUACCAAAAAUGAGACCAUCACAAAAUUUCUACAGCUGUGUAUAUUUCCUCGAUGUAUUUUUUCAGCAAUUGAUGCCGUUUACUGUGCUCGUUUUGUUGAAUUGGUACAUCAACAGAAAACUCCAAAUUUUUCAACACUUCUUUGCUAUGAUCGAGUUUUCUCUGAUAUUAUUUACACAGUUGCAAGCUGUACUGAAAAUGAAGCUAGCCGAUAUGGGAGAUUUCUUUGCUGUAUGUUAGAGACUGUGACCAGGUGGCAUAGUGAUAGAGCCACAUAUGAAAAGGAAUGUGGAAACUAUCCAGGGUUCCUUACCAUAUUACGGGCAACUGGAUUUGAUGGUGGAAAUAAAGCCGAUCAAUUAGAUUAUGAAAAUUUUCGACAUGUGGUACAUAAAUGGCAUUACAAACUAACGAAGGCAUCAGUUCAUUGCCUUGAAACAGGCGAAUAUACUCACAUCAGGAAUAUCUUGAUUGUGCUAACAAAAAUACUUCCGUGGUACCCCAAAGUUUUGAAUCUGGGUCAGGCUUUGGAAAGAAGAGUGCAUAAAAUCUGCCAAGAAGAAAAAGAGAAGAGGCCAGAUCUAUAUGCAUUGGCUAUGGGCUACUCUGGGCAGUUGAAAAGUAGAAAGUCAUACAUGAUACCAGAAAAUGAGUUUCAUCAUAAAGACCCUCCUCCGAGGAAUGCUGUUGCCAGUGUACAAAAUGGGCCUGGUGGUGGGCCUUCAUCAUCAGUAGGAAGUGCAUCUAAAUCGGAUGAGAGCAGUACUGAGGAGACUGAUAAAUCAAGGGAGAGAUCUCAAUGUGGUGUGAAAGCUGUUAAUAAAGUUUCUAGUGCCACACCUAAAGGAAAUUCAAACAAUGGAAAUAGUGGCGCUAACAGCAGCAAAGCUGUUAAAGAAAAUGACAAAGAAAAAGGGAAAGAGAAAGAAAAAGAGAAAAAAGAAAAGGCUCCAGCUGCUACUCCAGAGGCCAGGGUACUUGGUAAAGAUGGUAAAGAAAAACCAAAAGAAGAGCGGCCAAAUAAAGAUGAAAAAGCAAGAGAGACCAAGGAAAGAACACCUAAGUCUGACAAAGAGAAAGAAAAAUUCAAGAAAGAAGAAAAAGCUAAAGAUGAAAAAUUCAAAACUACUGUCCCCAAUGUAGAAGCAAAAUCAACUCAAGAAAGGGAAAGAGAAAAGGAGCCAUCGAGAGAAAGAGAUAUAGCAAAGGAAAUGAAAUCAAAGGAAAAUGUUAAAGGAGGAGAAAAAACACCAGUUUCUGGGUCCUUGAAGUCACCUGUUCCCCGAUCAGAUAUUGCAGAGCCUGAAAGGGAACAAAAACGCCGCAAAAUUGAUACCCACCCUUCUCCAUCACAUUCCUCCACAGUAAAGGUUACAGCCAUACUUCCCAAAGUUCCUCUGGGUUCUGAGAACUAUGCCAGCUCACCUGUCAUCUCCAUUCAUUUUCUACAGGACAGUCUCAUCGAUCUCAAGGAGUCUUCAACAAAGCUCUACCUUAAUCAUACUACUCCACCACUGUCCAAGAGUAAGGAGAGAGAAAUGGACAAGAAAGAUUUGGACAAGUCAAGGGAAAGAUCCAGAGAAAGAGAGAAAAAAGAUGAAAAGGACAGGAAAGAACGGAAAAGGGAUCAUUCAAACAAUGACCGUGAAGUGCCACCAGAUUUAACCAAGAGGAGGAAGGAAGAAAAUGGGACGAUGGGGGUUUCAAAGCACAAAAGUGAAAGUCCAUGUGAGUCUCCUUAUCCAAAUGAGAAAGACAAGGAAAAAAAUAAGUCAAAAUCUUCAGGCAAAGAAAAAGGCAGUGAAUCAUUUAAAUCUGAGAAGAUGGAUAAAAUCUCCUCUGGUGGCAAAAAGGAGUCCAGGCAUGAUAAAGAAAAGAUAGAAAAGAAAGAGAAACGGGACAGUUCAGGAGGAAAGGAAGAGAAGAAACAUCAUAAGUCCUCGGACAAGCACAGAUAAUGAAGACUUUCAAUCAAGGGUAUGGACAGACCCCUAAGCUGAAGGUCUCCCAGAGGAGGAUGCCAAAGCUCCAUGCGUCAUUCUCAGAACGAUACUCCCAUAAUUAAGAGCUUCUGGUGCUGUCCAUUUAAUGGGAAUCUGCUUUAAGUCAGAAGAUGAAUAUACAUCACCAUCCUCUUGAUGAGACAUUCCAAAGUCACUGAUUUUCGGAACAUUAUUUUCACCUCCAGGCAGUUUCUAGCAGCAAGGUCCCUGUGCAUACAAUUUUUACUCGAGAUACUCCAUGCAGAAGCAGCAUCUAAUGAAAAUUUCACUAACUGAGUUUUAGUUUAUCCUUUCUCAGGAAGGAGAGGAAAUCGCCUCCUGGAACCAGUUCCUUAAUGAUGUAGAUAGGCUGUCUUUGUGUGUGAACUAUAAGUUUUACAACAUUGGGAUAAUUAUGUUGCUUAAGGAUUUUGUCUUGUAAAAAAUUUGAUUUGCGUUCUGGCGAAAGAUCUCUACUUGUUUUAAAAGCAACAGAGUUUUAUUCUUUAAUAUGCACUUAAUUAUGCCGUCAAAAUUUCCCUUGCCUAAUGAGUCUCCUAAUGUGACAUCUUGAUGAUUGAGAAGUGUUUCUUACUCUAGUUAUGAUCAUACAGACACCAUGAUGUUCUUUAUUAGAACAUCACUUUUCUUCAAUUUAAAAAAUUGAGAUAAAUUCACUUUUAAAGUGUGCAAUUCAGUGGUUUUAGUAUAGUCACUAUGCUGUGCAGUCAUCACCACUGUCUAAUUUCAGAACAUUUUGCUUACCAUAAAAAGAAGGCCCAUAUGUGUUAGCAGUUAUUCUCAAUUCUCCCCUUCUCCCACUCCGUGGAAACCACUAAUGUACUUUAUGUCUAUGGAUUUGCUUAUUUUGGAUAUUUCACAUUAAUGGAAUCAUGCAAUAUUGUGGCCUUUUGUAUCUGGAUUCUUUCAGUUAGCAUCAUGUUUUCAAGAUUCAUCCAUGUUGUAGCAUGUAUCUGUACUCCAUUCCUUUUUAUGGCUAAUAUUCCAUUGUAUGAAUGUGUAUCAUAUUUUUUUUUAUCCAUUCUUCGGUGAAUGGACAGGAACAAUGACUUUUUAAGUAUUAAAACUGUAAGUUCAAAAUCAGUGUAUCCAUAAUUAUUGAUAAUGUCAAGAUUAUACAUGAUAUGAACAGAAUGCUGUGUAGAAAUGAUAUGUAAAUUAUUUGUCAGCAUUUCAUGCAAGUGUGAUUAUUUUCUAAGACCCCUUCUAGCUCUGGUUUUAUGAAAUAUGUGAAUGUAGUAUUUUCAUCAAUAAAGAUUAAUGCAUUGAGCAUUAGUUUAAAUUUUGAAUGAGCAAUGUUAGGCAGAUAUGAAGAUAUUUGCCACAUGUUGUAAUGAUCAUGUUUUGAAUUAUUUCAAUAUGCAGUAUUUGAAAAAAUGUCAAUACAUAAAGGAAAUGAAUAUAAUUGAGUCAAUAUAUUUUUAAAGCAAUUUUUAUAAUUUAGCAGAUAUUGCAUCUUAAUAUAAGUCACUAUUAAAAUUGUCCUUGUGAAAAAUAAUGUCAUUUUCUGUUUUUCUUUUUGUUGAUCAUGUAAAAUAGGUUCCUUUUCUUUGCUACAUGUUCUGUUUAUUUUUUAUAAACUAUUGCUUUCCCCUGUGAAAUGUUUUACUUGUUGCGAUCCCCACUCCCAUGUUCAGUUCAAGUCAUUGUAUGCUUAUCUUAAUGGUUUCUAAGAGUGGACAAUAAGAAAUACACAACUGGUUCAUCCUUUUUCUGGGGACUUCAUUCAAGGCUUUGUUUUAACAAAACUCACCAACUUUUCUUUCUUAAUGUGUCCUUUCUUCUUUCCUUCCUUCUCUGCUUCCUUGCUACCUCUCCUCCCUCUUUUCUGUCCUCUUGCCCUCUUCUUCUCUUCUUUCCUACCUCUGACCUCUGUCCCCACCCUUGCUCCCAUUCUCUUUUUUUCUCAUUCCCUCAUUCUUUCCCUAUCUAUCAAUAUAAUCACUUUGUUUCUUUCAGGUGAGAUUGGAAUGAAAUUGUUCUGCUGUGACCAGAAAUUUAUUUUCCUGAGUAGAUUGCUGAGAAUUAAGAAUGAAGAGGGCCCAUUUGCAUCUCCUUAAAUUAUUCAGUAAUCUACUUUAUUGCUCCAUGUGGAAAACUUAAAAUUGUUUAAGUUGUGAAUUAUUGUGUUUUAAUUUGUUGCUUAAUUUCUACAUGUUUAUUUUCAGUAAUGGCUGAAAGUGUUAAUUGUUCCCAUAUUUUUAGCACAAUGUGCUGCAUCUACUUCCAAUAAGCAACCAUGGUUACAUAUGUACAGAAUUUCACUUUUGGUUAACUAAAUAUUGCGCAGGUGUAGCUUCUCCCAACCUGAAAUGCUUCCUUUUUACUGUUUGAAACUGAAAAUAAACAGUUAUUGAACCAUUUUGGAUUUACCUCAUUUUGAAACUCAGUUUUAAUUUAUUAUUUAGCCUGUUUUUAAUAUUAAUCACUAACAACAAAAUGGGAAACGUAUCUUAUGAAAUGCCUAGCAAUCAUUUUAUAUACUACAUGUACAACAUUAAAGUCUGUUUUAAAAAAAAAGAUACCAGCGCUCGCCUGUCCCUUCCAUGUUCUCUUGUAAUUAGAUAAAUCUGGGUGGGGGUUAAUCAAAAGCUAAUUGUUUUAAUUUGACAGCAGCAGGAGCUUUGUAUUGCUGAAUUUUCGUCUGUGAAAGUUUCACAGUGACAUUUUUAAAAGAGAAUUUUUUUAAUCAAAUGAAUUCUACCAGUGUAACCCUUUUUCUAAAUAAAAAAUAGUUUUCUCAAAUGAUUGUA